AUGUACGGUCAGGAGCAUUCCGGUGUUCUGAUGGAGUCCCAGGGUUCUAUUCCUGGACCUCAGUAUCUGACUCAGCCAUCGGCGCAGUAUCAGUUACAGCCCCAGCCACCAGUUCAGUACAUACUGCAGCCCAUAGCCCCAGCUCUGACUCAGUAUCCAUUAGUAUUGGAAAUGGUCGAGUUCGAUAUUAUCCUUGGCAUGGAUUGGUUGUCUGCAUACCAUGCCACAGUUGAUUGCCAGAAGAGGGUGGUUACUUUUCGACCUCCGAACCAACCCUCUUGGGAUUUCACUGGCAUCAGAGACGAUGGGAUAUCGACCAUUUCUGCGAUACAGGCGCAGAAACUGCUAUCACAUGGAUGUCAGGGAUUUCUAUUAUCGUUGAUUAAUACUGACGACAGCAGUAGCCCUCAGCUCUCAGACGUUCCAGUGGUCCGAGAGUAUCCAGACGUAUUUCCGGACGAGCUUCCAGGUUUGCCUCCUCGAAGGCAAGUGGAGUUUGCUAUUGAGCUGCAGCUGAAUGCAGUGACUAUCAGAAAUAAGUACCCCUUGCCACGGAUUGAGGAUUUAUUUGAUCAGCUCAGAGAUACAUCAGUGUAUUCUAAGAUUGAUCUGCGGUCUGGAUAUCAUCAGCUGAGAGUUAGAGAUUCUGAUAUUCAGAAGACAGCAUUUCGCACCAGAUACGGACAUUACGAGUUUUUGGUAAUGUCAUUUGGGCUUACCAAUGCUCCCGCAGUAUUCAUGGAUCUGAUGAACCGUAUCUUUCUGGAAUACCUAGAUCAGUUUGUUAUUGUGUUUAACGAUGAUAUAUUGAUCUAUUCGAUCCCUAUUCCCGAGUGGAAGUGGGAGCACAUUACUAUGGACUUCGUGGUUGGUUUGCCUAGGACUCGACGAGGCCAUGAUGCGAUUUGGGUAAUCGUUGAUCGAUUAACCAAAUCCGCACACUUUUUAGCGAUCCGGAAGACUGAUUCUCUGGAUCGAUUAGCAGAGUUAUACUGUCGUGAGAUUAUUAGAUUACAUGGUGUUCCUUUGAGCAUCAUAUCAGAUAGAGACCCACGGUUCACGUCCCGAUUCUGGCAGAGUCUGCAGCAGGCCUUGGGCACACAGCUUCGUUUCAGUACGGCAUUCCAUCCGCAGACAGAUGGGCAGUCAGAGCGGACUAUUCAGACAUUGGAGGACUUGCUGAGAUCUUGUGUCAUGGACUUCGGAGGCAGUUGGGAGGACCACCUGCCAUUAGUGGAGUUCGCCUACAACAACAGCUAUCAUUCGGCUAUCCAGAUGGCACCGUUUGAGGCGUUGUAUGGUAGGCCUUGUCGGACACCCAUCCUCUGGGAAGAGGUUGGGGAGGCCCAGCUGAUAGGACCUCAGAGAGCUCAGCAGGAUGCAGAGUUAGUUCGCACUAUUAGACGGAGGAUGUCAGAGGCCCAGGACCGUCAGAAGAGUUAUGCUGAUCAGAGACGGAGACCCCUGGAGUUCUCCAUUGGUGAUCACGUAUUUCUUAGAGUUUCACCCACGAAAGGGGUGAAGAGAUUUGGUCUCCGAGGUAAGCUAGCUCCCCGAUAUAUUGGACCAUUCCAGAUCUUGGAGAGGAUCGGAGCAGUAGCUUACCGUCUGGCGCUACCACCAUCUCUAGCUGGCAUUCAUGAUGUAUUCCAUGUAUCUAUGCUGAGGAGAUACGUAUCCGAUCCGGCACAUGUUCUGUCAGAUAUAUCUGUUCCUAUUCAGCCUGAUGUUACUUACGAGGAGGUCCCGGUACGGAUUCUGGACCGUAGAGAGCGUCAGCUGCGGAACAAGACUGUCCGACUGGUUAAAGUCGGAUGGCAGCAUCAUUCUGACGAGGAGGCUACGUGGGAGCUGGAGGAUACGAUCCGAGCUCGAUACCCCCAU